AUGUUUGGUUUAACAACAAGAAUAUUAUCUGGUUGGAAUAUGGAUUUAACAGAUACAAAUAAUCUUAUUUGUAAAAUUCGUGUUUUUAUUAUGUUUGUUUCACGUACAACAGCUUUUUGGCUUAUUGCAUUUGCUACAAUUGAUCGUUGGUUUUCAUCAUGUAGUCAAUAUCAACGACGACAAAGAAGUUCAUUAAAAAAUGCUCAACGAGGAACAAUUAGUAUUACAAUUUUAUCAAUUAUUCUUUAUUGUCAAGUUAUUUAUUGU